UUGGUUGUUUGCCAAAAUCUUGCACGAGUUGUUUUGGUUCGAGUGGGGUACGCAGGGAAUUCAUUCCGCGUGCCACUGAUAACGUGAUAAGUGCCGUCCGGAAAUAUUUGAUUUUAGUUCGCUGGCGUUUAUUGUUCUGUUUGUUCUGUUGUAUCUUAAUUGACGACUUUUCUAGUGCUUCAUAAUGGCCUUAAGAAUACUCACCGGCCGGGGUUUGCGGGCUGUUUUCGCUGCUAAUAUUCCAAAGUCCAAAGGUGGAUUAAUUGGGGCCCAGCGAUAUUUAUCACAUUAUCCCAUCGAUGACACCGUCUUUGGCCUAACCGAGGAACAGAAAAAGCUGCGCGAGACCGUCUUCAAUUUCGCACAAAAGGAACUUGCCCCUUAUGCUCAGCAAAUCGAUAAGGAGGACAAUUUCAAGGAGUUUCGCCAAUUCUACAAGAAAAUGGGCGACCUUGGCCUCUUGGGUGUGACUGCAAACCCUGAAUACGGCGGCACCGGACUCUCAUACCUGGACCACUGCAUAGUUAUGGAGGAGCUCUCGAGGGCUGCUGGAGGAAUUGCACUGUCUUAUGGUGCUCACUCAAAUCUCUGCAUUAACCAGAUUCACCGCAAUGGAACCGAAGAGCAGAAACAGAAGUAUCUUCCCAAGUUAUGCAGUGGGGACCACGUCGGUGGCUUGGCAAUGUCUGAACCUGGGGCAGGAAGCGAUGUUGUUUCCAUGAAGAUUAAGGCCGAAAAAAAGGGGGACUACUAUGUCCUCAACGGAACUAAAUUCUGGAUCACCAAUGGAAGUGUUGCCGACGUUUUGGUUGUCUAUGCGAAAACGGAUUUCAAUUCCAAACCACAACACGGGAUCACAGCAUUCAUCAUUGACACGAAAUCAGAAGGUUUCAGCGUUGCACAGAAAUUAGACAAACUUGGAAUGCGUGGAAGUCCAACGUGCGAACUUGUUUUCCAGGAUCUAAAAGUUCCCGCUGCAAAUGUACUGGGUGGAGUGAAUAAAGGUGUUUAUGUUUUGAUGUCUGGGUUGGACUAUGAAAGAUUAGUCCUAGCCGCGGGGCCAGUUGGUCUCAUGCAAGCGGCUGUCGAUGUUUCCUUCGAUUACGCUCACCAACGGCGACAGCACGGAAAAUUAAUCGGCGAAUUUCAAUUGCUGCAGGGUAAGAUGGCUGAUAUGUACACAACUCUGAACGCUUGUCGUUCUUACUUGUACUGCGUUGCUCGGGGAGCCGACGCAGGAGCUGCAAAUUCCAAAGAUUGUGCCGGAGUGAUUUUGUAUUGUGCUGAGAAGGCUACACAAGUGGCUUUGGACGCAAUCCAAAUUUUGGGUGGAAAUGGUUACAUCAAUGAAUAUCCAACGGGAAGGAUUAUGAGGGAUGCCAAAUUAUAUGAAAUUGGAGCUGGCACCUCAGAGGUGCGUAGAUGGUUGAUUGGACGUGCUCUGAAUAAGGAAUACUCUUAACGGAUAUUACUAUGACCGGAAAACUCAAAUGGCAAACGAACUGACGAACUGCAAAAAGGUAAAAUUGUUAUAAAAAUUAGGUCGGAACGAACAGACUCUAUAAAGUGCAUUUAUUUUUCAUAUAUUUUGAGAUGAUAUUUUACUAAUAAAGUAUUUAAGAUUUUAUUUCAAAA